AUGGCGCAGCUCAAGGCGAUGGACGCCUUGGAGCCAUUUGUCGCCCUUUCCAAGUCUGCCAGCUCCCCCCGCCAGGCCGCCGACCUGGUCGUCCGAGCCACCUCUCACCCCAGCACCUACUUCUUUGCCGAGCUGCUGCAGACUCCUCAGAUCCAGGCCCUCGCGACCGCCGAUCCCGAGUAUGCCGCCUACUUGGCUGUCCUCCAGAUCUUCAGCUACGGCACCUAUGCCGACUACGAGCGGGGAACCGCGCCCUCCGCGUCGUCGUCACAACCUUCACAUCCUCAGUCAAUAUCACAAUCACAAGCCGCAUCAGCAGCAGUAGCACCACCGCUCCCACCACUCACCGACGCCCAGGCCACAAAACUCCGCGAACUGUCUCUCAUUUCCCUUGCCACCGACCGCUCCAGUCUGGGAUACGACCACCUCGUCCGCGAACUGCGCCUCGACGAUGCCCGCCAGCUUGAGACGCUCGUCAUGGCCGCCGUCUACGCCGGCCUCGUCACCGGCACGCUCGACCCGGCCCACCAGGUUGUGCGCAUCAGCGCCGUCGCACCCAUGCGUGACCCUGCCCCCGAUGCCAUCCCGAGACUGCACGCCGCCCUGAGCAGUUGGUCACAGCGCUGCGAGUCGACGCUGGCCGCACUCGACGAGCAGAUUGCCGGCAUCCGGCGGACAGCGGCGGCGCGUGCAGAGGAAGGCCAAAAGUCGGACAGCCAGUUUAAGCGGGCCGUCGAAACCGAGAAGCGGGCAAUGCUCAACAAAGAUGGCGGUUCUGGGGAUGCAGAUGAUGGCGGCGGCAAUGGCGGCGGCCACGGCAAGCGGCCGAUGACGCUCAAUGUCUCGAGUGGCGGAAAGGGGAUUGGCAACCCGCGGUUCAACAAGCGGGGCAGCAACCUGAUGGCUACCUCCAUUGUUCCGCCAAGCUCGCACGCUGUGCCGGGUCCUGGCUCGGCUCUUGUUGCCGAAGACAACGAUGGGGCUAUGGAUUUGGACGACGACGAGGGCGACGGAAACAAGCGGAACCGGAAUGCUUAG